GUUUUUUAGUCAACGUCAAGUGAUAGAAGGCCCGCACGUGUCAUGUGACAUGUACUCUCGAGCCACACGUGAGGCAACACUAAACAUGGACGAAAUUUUGGUUGAAACAGCCUCAAUGUUUACGUUGCGAUCAUUGUAUCAAGAAAUGUUGAAUUCAUAGGGAAAAUAGCAUGUAUGAGGAUAAUAUUAACAGGCAAGCAACCCAAGAAGGGACACAAUCUACAGACAGUGUUAAAAUGACUGUGGCGGGGACGACGGGCACAGGAACGGGAAAUUGCUUUCAGAAAGACGUUCGAUCGAUGCAGUUUGGAAGUCAGUCAGAAACGUCCCAAUAUAUAUCAAAUUCUGGGCCUGGGUCCGACUUGUCAAUAGACGAGAGACAGAAAGAGAGAAGACGUACACUCGACGGUGGACGAAUGGACCAGAUCCCCUAUGCCUUGGGGUCAGGGAACCUGCACAUCGGAAAUACGCAUAGCACUGAAAACAACAGUCUCUAUGCAUCCGAUGGAAGUGAUAUUUAUGGAUCAGCAAAUCCGUCUGACAGAAGGUUUAGUUUUUCAACCACUAUACCUGCAGGGAUGGAUAUGAGAGAGCUCAGUCAUAACAAACGAACGAAAACUCCACGGGACCCCAUGUCCCAUCGAAUCAUUGAGAAAAGGCGGCGUGACCGAAUGAACAAUUGUCUUGCAGACCUUAGCAAAUUAAUUCCCAAACACUUUCUUAAACAGGGUCAGGGAAGAAUAGAGAAGACAGAAAUCAUAGAGUUGGCAAUCAGACAUAUCUGCCAUCUGCAGGAGCUUACAAGAAAGCUUCCAGACUGUGAGAGAGAGAAAUUCGAAAACAUUGAUUCCUCCUCAGAUACAUACGCCAUGGGAUAUGAUCGCUGUAUAGAUGAAGUGCUAAGAUAUUUCCAGGAAUGUAAAUCAAUGUCCCUUGCUGAUCCUGUUGUGGUUGAGCUACAGCAUACACUCUAUGAUAAGUCACCAGUUUCAAGUGCUAAAUCCCGUGACAGAGAGAUUGUAUCUGGCCACGACCGUCAAGAAGGACGACCUAGAUGUCCGUCACCUAUGAGCUCCGUAAACAGUUACGCAUGUCAAGACAGGCUUGAUCAGACCCAUGCCAAAUUUUCUCAACAGCAGAACAGCGACUCUGGUGUCUCCAUUCCCUCUGGGCAAACACAAGAAGAAUGUGAAUCGCCAAAUCCCUCAACUGGACGGGAGAAUUACAGUUUUAAAAACUAUCUAAAGUCACGAUUUACAGCAGACUUGAAUAGUAACUGUUCACAAAGUACUAGCAGUCGUGAUGAGGACCAUAAGCAAUCAAGCACACCCUAUCCAUCUUCCAGCUCUGACAGUAGCUCGACGAGUGGUCAGAAGUUGCCACCCACAGACAGUGGCAAAAUGGUGCCUGGAUUCGCACUACAUCCAAGUGGGACUCACUAUAUCCCAAUUGUCUACCCUCUCAGUCAUUUGAAUAUUCCCAACAAUGCUUCUCUGCCACACUCAGCAAUGCUUCACCCAAUUAGUAUACCGGUACAGAUUAGUCCAUCCCCCAGUAUGAUACCCUCUGUUGACUGAAACUCCCCACAUUAUACCCCUGUUGAGUCAAACUCACUACUUAAUUCCCCAAUGACUGAAACUCCUAUAUUAUACCCCUGUUGAAUAAACUAUCCCUAUUAUACUCCUUGGUUGAUAAGCUCCCCAUACUCCCUGUUGACGGAAUCUAAACCU